AGGGCAGCCCUGCUUUCCAUAGUCCGUGUACUGCAGCGCUAUGCGAAUCCCGCUGCUGUCGACAGCCUGCACUGUGGCAUUGGUGGCUGGGCUCCUCGUUGAUGUCGGCGCGGCGGUGAAGUUGCGGCACGAGCGAGGGCGGCAACGGAGCGUGGACCCGCAAGGGGGCGACCUGGCGGACGGGGACCAGGAGUCCGAGGGGGUGAGCCACUUCCUGCCGAGCACAAACGUGACUUGCUUCCAGGGGAAGACGGCCGCGAUGGCGUCUUUGCUGGAGAGUCUCAGGACGGGUCAGCCCGCUUCGGGACCUCUACAACGAGACCGCGCUGAGGGGAGGCUCCUGCAUAGACAACGGGUACGACCUGGGCCCCAUAGACACG